AGACACCGACACACCGAGACAGACACCGAGACACCGAGACACCGAGACAGACACCGACACACCAACAGCAGCCGCCCGGACCGACAUGAACUCUGCAACCGUCGCCGCCCUGCUGCACUGCUUCCUGUUGGCACAUUUCAUCCAAUCAGCUCCCGUCGUCGUCUUGCUCAAUGAGACGGCCCAGCCAGCAAUGACGCUGGUGAAUAAAAUCCUGAUUGACGUCCGCACCGUGCACGCCGCCGCUGUCACCAACGAGGGUCUGACCCUCGACUCCUCCACGCAGACAUCCAAACUGCUGACCAUGGUGGCGUCGCUGCAUAUCCCCGCCGCCCCCGUCCUCAAACUGCCGCACGAAGACACGCUGGACGUCUGUUUGAGUCGCAUGUUAGCUGGCGUCCAGCUGUACCAGGGGCUGCUGGGAGAUUUGUCCGGCAGACUGAGCGGUCUGAGCGACCUGAAAGCCGACCUGCGAGACCUGCUGAACCACAUCACCGAGAUCAAGAAGGCGGCUCAGCUCGGCGGCGAGGCGGUUCAGAACCAGAGUGUGGACCUGGCCUCCCGUCUCCAGGGGGACUACGAGGUGCAGGUGGCGGCCAACGCCACGCUGAAGCAGCUCCUCUCCUUCUGUCACGACCUGAUGCGCAGCCUGAAAAAAAUCGACGACUACAGGCGGCCUGCAGGUACACGCUAAGCCCCGCCCACCUGGCGACAACUCGACACUGCGUUCGAGGACACGGGGGAAAAUCAGGACGACUUGGACGGAGUUAAAUUUGAUGGAACAAAAGCCAGCCGAGGCGUCUCGGGGUCGUGACCUUUAUGACAGGUCACCUGUGUCUACCUGUAGUGCCUCAUGGGAGACGUUUUAUCGACCACACUGAGAUCAUCGUUUGAGUGAGACGUCUUCCUGCAGAGACAAUCUUUGUGACGUCUCUGCUGCUGUCAGAUUUAUUUAUUCAGAGAGACGUUUCAGACGUUUUAUUGUGAAGGAGGACUCUCCAGGACCCGUUUCCUGCUCGGCGGCGCCGUGUCUGAGGAAUUCUGAGCGAGCUCAGAAACCUCCGAGGAAUGAAGAGAUAAACAGACUGAUCCGAGGUCUGCAGGUCUGAACCUGUCCCCCCGAGACAUGCUGCUCUUCUCUUUUACUUCCUGACCCAACGUCUGCAGGAGGAACUUUACUCUGAAACACCGACACGUCGAUGCUGAGACGCACUGAUUGGCUCUCGGCCCAUUAAUCAGUGAUGAUCAAUCACCAGCAGCUCUGAUAAUCCAUUCAGUGUUUGGACAAAAGACGAAACACAUCUCCACGGUUUUCUGACUUUUUAUACAAAAUUAUUUGAUUAUUGAGAAAAUAAUCGUUAUUGAUCAAUAACGAUAAUAAUCGUUAGAUUGAUCAAUAACGAUAAUAAUCGUUAUUGAUCAAUAAUGAUAAUAAUCGUUAUUGAUCAAUAAUGAACUGAUAUCAGGGACAUAAUUAUUUAUCUGCAGCUUAUUUAUAAUAAUUUGAUCUAUUGAUAUUUAUUUGUUAUUUAUGGAUGUUUGUGUUUUAUUAUUUUUUAAUAUUUUUAAAUAUUUGUAUUAUUCUGUUUAUAUUUAUUUGACUGUAUACUGAGUAUAUUUAUGUGCUAUGUGUUUACUGUUUACAUACUGCUGCGAUGGCGUCAGAGUCAGAGCGGCGAUGAGGUCAGAAACGUGUGUUUGAACAUGAAGUCAUUUUGUGUAGACAUAUUUAUUUCAGGUGAAAUAACGUGUAUCAGGUAUUUAUUCUGAUGUGUUUACUUUAUUUAUUUGUUUUUAUGAAGAAACAGAUUUUAUUGAC